AUGGAAGGACAAGUAGCAACUGAAAUGCCACAUCAACCACAGAGAUUUUCUGUGUAUGUCGGUAAUAUUCCAUACAGUGCUAAUGAAAAUGAAAUUGGACGUUUUUUCUCAUCAGUAGGACAUGUUGUCAAUGUUCGUUUUGUUUAUGACCGUGAAACCAGAAGACCAAAAGGUUUUGGAUUUUGUGAUUUUUCUGAUAUGAAUGGAGCUCAAGCAGCUGUUCAAAAUUUGAAUGGUUCGGAUUUCAAUGGUAGAACUCUUCGCGUCAACUAUGCUAAUAAAUGUUAA